AUGCAAGAAUGGUGCAAAGAGUGUGGCGACGGUGCAGAGGGUGUGGCGACGGUGCAGAGGGUGUGGCGACGGUGCAGAGGGUGUGGCGACGGUGCAGAGGGUGUGGCGACGGUGCAGAGGGUGUGGCGACGGUGCAGAGGGUGUGGCGACGGUGCAGAGGGUGUGGCGACGGUGCAGAGGGUGUGGCGACGGUGCAGAGGGUGUGGCGACGGUGCAGAGGGUGUGGCGACGGUGCAGAGGGUGUGGCGACGGUGCAGAGGGUGUGGCGACGGUGCAGAGGGUGUGGCGACGGUGCAGAGGGUGUGGCGACGGUGCAGAGGGUGUGGCGACGGUGCAGAGGGUGUGGCGACGGUGCAGAGGGUGUGGCGACGGUGCAGAGGGUGUGGCGACGGUGCAGAGGGUGUGGCGACGGUGCAGAGGGUGUGGCGACGGUGCAGAGGGUGUGGCGACGGUGCAGAGGGUGUGGCGACGGUGCAGAGGGUGUGGCGACGGUGCAGAGGGUGUGGCGACGGUGCAGAGGGUGUGGUGACGGUGCCGAAGUGA